ACUGAAGCAGUCACAACAGUAAUGGCGGCGGCUGCGCGGCUUUUCGUACGAGGCGCACACUCGAAACUUUGUUUCUCCGGCGUAGCAACGGGACUACGGUGUUCUUUUGGGGCCACCUUGCUGAAACGGGCACCGAGUGGUAACUCCUGUACCAAAACACACCGUAGACAUGCAGCACACUUUACCUUCCUGCCUGACCCCGAAACAGCACAGUAUGGUCCAACCGAAAAGAUGAAUUUGUUCCAAUCAAUUACAAGUGCAUUGGACAACACCCUUUCCAGUGACCCCACAGCAGUCAUUUUUGGGGAAGACGUGGCCUUCGGUGGAGUAUUUCGAUGCACAGUGGGUCUAAGAGACAAAUAUGGUAAGGACCGAGUCUUCAAUACUCCUCUUUGUGAGCAGGGGAUUGUGGGAUUUGGUAUUGGUGUAGCUGUUGCAGGAUCCACAGCUAUUGCUGAGAUUCAGUUUGCAGACUACAUAUAUCCUGCGUUUGACCAGAUAGUCAAUGAAGCUGCCAAGUACCGGUACCGCUCUGGCAACUUGUUUGAAUGUGGAAACCUCACCAUUCGAGCUCCCUGGGGGUGUGUUGGACAUGGAUCCCUCUACCACUCACAGUGCCCUGAGGCCUUCUUUGCCCACUGCCCUGGGAUUAAGGUUGUAGUCCCUCGUAGCCCAGUGCAGGCCAAGGGACUGCUCCUCUCUUGCAUUGCUGAUAAGAACCCAUGCAUUUUCUUUGAGCCUAAGAUCCUUUACAGAGCAGCAGUGGAGCAGGUUCCUACAGAGCUCUACACUAUACCGCUUUCACAAGCUGAAGUUUUAGAGGAAGGAAGUGAUGUCACUUUGCUUGCCUGGGGGACACAGGUCCAUGUGAUGAAAGAAGUAGCCAAAAUGGCUCAGGAGAAACUCGGAGUGUCCUGUGAGGUCAUCGACCUUCGUACUAUCCUGCCGUGGGAUACUGAAACCAUUUGUAAGUCUGUGGUGAAAACUGGACGUUUGCUCAUUAGCCAUGAGGCUCCAAUAACCGGAGGCUUUGCAGGUGAAAUCAGCUCUACAGUGCAGGAGGAAUGUUUCCUUAACUUGGAGGCUCCCAUUAGUAGAGUGUGUGGUUACGACACCCCCUUCCCACAUAUUUUUGAGCCCUUCUAUAUCCCAGACAAGUGGAAGUGCUUUGAAGCAAUCAGGAAGAUGAUCAACUACUAAAACUGGAGUCAGAGCCAACUCCUGAAAGCCCUAAACUGCAUGUUCUCCCAUUUUCCUCCUCAAGUAUCCAAUCAGUGGAGGGCAGCCAGGAACAGACACUUUUGUUGACCAUCCAGUAGGGAAGAAGUGUCCAGAUGAUUCCCAUUGCCCUGUGUGUCCUCCGACUAAGCAGCUAAGACUGUUACAUUACCCUUGGAUUUGUGAACCUUAUUCUCUUACAUCCUUGAAGGCAACCAUGUGAUUAAAUGAUCCUUUGUAUAAUAUGUGGUAGGAAUCGAAUUUAGAAAAUUACGUUCUAUCAUUUGUUGACUUCGGCUUGUCACUGGCUCAGUCCCUUCAUGUACACACACACACACACACCUUGUUUUAUUUGAACUGAAAUAAAAGAUUUAAAUGAACACAUACA